GGCUGCAAUUGCGAGUGUCACCUAAAAAGAAUACUCUGAUCAAUCAAAUAACGCGAGCACAGAGCUACCCCACUGACAAACAAUAUAAUUAGGUACAUUACCCUCGCAAAGAAGACUCCGAACUCGCCACGAAACCAAAAGUCUGCCUAGACAUUUUUGAUCACCAUGUCAACCUCAGUGGAGGUACAGCUGUCGACAUUCAACGCGCUCCGCCGCGCCCAUCGGCCUGCACUUCUCUCCACUGACGCCAAGUAUCUCUUCUGGACUCUCGACGGCCCCCUGGCUAACUCGGUCUCAUCCAUAACGUUACAUACCGAAGACCUCGACGUCUGGGGAGAUCAGUGGCUCGGAUUUCACCGGGAUCACUCCGAACCCGAUGGCAGCGAGGAGAACGGGGACGGGAGCAUGGUCCAAUGA